UCUCUCCCUGAAAUAAACACCAUAAAGCAGCUGAAUAAGUUUUGUGGAAACAUAUGUGCCUAGUUUGCAGGAACAGAGACAAAAUGCAGAAAAUGAAGAACCUUGGGAGUGUUGGAAGCAGUGGGAGGCUAUCAACAGAAGAGCAUGAGGAUGAGGAGGUUUCGAAAUUGGCCAUUUCCUCAUUCCAAGCCAAGGAAGAAGAGAUUGAGAGGAAAAAGAUGGAGGUGAAAGAGAGAGUUGAGCUUCAACUUGGACGUGCUGAAGAAGAGACAAGGCGUUUGUCACAUAUUUGGGAAGAGCUUGAAGUAAUGGAAGAUCCUUUGAGGAAGGAAGUUGCAAUGGUACGCAAGAAGAUUGACUUGGCUAUCAAAGAUUUAAAGCCACUAGGGCAGAACUACCAGAAAAAGGAGAAAGAGUAUAAAGAAGCAUUGGAAGCUUUCAAUGAAAAGAACAAAGAGAAGGCUCAUCUGGUAGCCUCAUUAAUUGAGCUGCUGACUGAGAGUGAAAGACUGAGGAUGAAGAAACUGGGGGACCUAUGCAACACUGUAGAGUCUCUGUCACUGAAACAAUAAUCUCAGUGGGUGUGGUGUGUUUACUAGCUUGGUUUAUUCAAUUUUCAGUGGUUUGCAUUUAAAUGUACCUACAUUUUCAUUAUUCAAAAUGGAUUGUUGAUGGACCUACAAACAAAAAGGAAAAAUAAACAAAAUUUUCACA